GUCUCUCAUCAGGUCCAUCAUUCCAACAACAGCUUGUGGACGAGAAAACCUUCCUGACAAGUCAUUGACUCUGCAUCACGUUCAGAUACAGCAUCACCCGAUACCCACAUGAAGACCUUCAGUUUACUGGCCACUUGUAUACUUUUCGCUGCGGUCGCGGCUCCUGCACGGGCUCAACUGAGUGUGACAUUCUACAACUCGACAUGUCCCUCUGGAGUUUCCAAAGUUGGUGAGGUAGUCAGAUCUUGGAUAACCUCAGACAGGACUUUGGCACCAUCUCUUCUCCGCUUACAUUUCCACGAUUGCUUCGUUCGGGGAUGUGAUGCAUCCGUGCUCUUGGACGUCGCCAAUGGCGAGAAGUCAGCGUUUGGAAACGCCAACUCCCUGCGAGGAUUCGAAGUGAUCGACGAUGUAAAGGCCAAGGUGGAAGCUCUGUGCCCGGGAGUCAUGUCGUGCGCGGACAUUCUCUCCCUCGCAGCCCGAGACGCCAUGGUUGAGUUUGGAGCCGCAGGCCUGAACUGGACCGUGCCUCUGGGCCGACGUGACGGCGUUGUUUCGUCUGCAGCGGAGGCCAACAGCAAUUUGCCACCUCCUUUCGCUACGUUCCAGCAGCUGGUGACCUCCUUCUCCAACAAGGGCUUCACCACUCGAGAGAUGGUGGUCCUUUCAGGUUCGCACACCGUGGGUGCCACACGGUGCUCGACAAUCCAAGGUCGUCUGUACAACUUCUCGAGCACCGCACCCACUGAUCCAGCUCUGGACGCCAACUUUGCGGCGUCUCUGAAAACCCAGUGCCAAUUCGGUGACACGACCACCAAGAUCCUGAUGGAUCAGAGUACGCCAGUGGACAUUUGGAACAAGAACUACUACGCAAAUGUUAUCAAUGGCAAGGUUAUGUUCCAGUCCGACGACGCUCUGAAGAGAGUGGCUGCAGGCAAAACCUUCGUGCAGAUCAUGAGAGCGGCCAAUUCCCCGUUCACUCCGGAGUUCGCAGCCGCCAUGACUAAGCUGAGCCAGGUCGGCGUGCUCACCGGAACCAGUGGGCAGAUCAGGACCAACUGCCGUGCCGUAGUCUGAACUUCCCUUCAGCUCAGAGGUGCGUCCAAUUAGUGGACAGCUCCUUGAAAGAUGAACACCUUAAAUUCUUCAGGAUCCUUCAAAGUCUGAUCCUGACGACCAUUGAAACCCAAUUAGUUGAAACUUAACAAAGUGAUAAUCCGACAUUCACCAAACACCUACUGGCUGUCCACCUACCAGCAAUCUUGUAAGAUGUAAUGUAUAUCUGUAGGAUUAGAACUACCCUUAUGUCAAGUCCAUAGGUUAUGGGUUACAUUUGGAAGCUGUAACAAGCUCCACAAGACCAGAUUUCGUCUAGUGUUAUGAGCAUGCGUGUUUGCACCGUUCGUUCGUCAGUCAAAUUGUUGAGAGGACAUUCUCCAAUGACCAAUCCUGGGAUUGAGUUCGUCAGAGCUGAGGGUCUCUAGAGUCUGAGAGUUGCUGCUGCAGCCACUGGAGCUCGAUGUCCGUUCUCACAUACUAUAUGUCAAAGCUAGUCGAGUUGAUGAACACUUGACACACCAUAACGAAGACUCACCACGUUUCUGAUCUACGACCUGCUUCGGAUCAUGCCUUCGUUCGAUUGUCUCUCGAUGUUCUUGAACCACGGUGCUUUAAAUCCCUGGAGUCUCAUUGGAAUCAUGAUCUGC